AUGGGUAACCAUGGGAACAAGGAUUAUCAGCUGCACUUAAAGGGUAAAAAUCCCACCAGAGGCAGUGAAGAAGGGAUCAAGGUGAAGUACAUAUCAAGCCCUGUGAUGGUGAAAGCCAAUAACGCUUCCGAGUUCCGAGCAAUCGUUCAAGAACUCACCGGCCAAAACUCCCACAUCAGAAGCCCCGGCAAUGCAGACACAAUGGGCGAUGAUAAUCACUUGUCCGGUUAA